CUUUUGUUUUUACGAAAGAAGUCACUGAGAGUUUGAGAAGGAAUGCAUUGAGUCUGUACAUAGCUUCAGUUAGUAUUGUCACCUUAUAUUAAGCCUUCCAAUCCAUGAACAUGGGAUGGUUCUCCAUUUCCUUGUCUUCCUUGAUUUUUUCGGGGAUGUAGUUUUCAGCGUACAAGGCUUUUUUCGCCUUUUUGGUUAAACUUAUUUCUAAGUACUUUAUUAUUUUGAUGCCAUUGUAAAUGGAAUCGUUUUCUUAAUUUUCUUUUCAUAAUUGUUCAUUGUUAGUGUGUAGAAGCAUAGUUGAUUUUUGUGUUGAUUUUGUGUCCUGCAAUGUCUAAUUAUUAGCUCUAACUACUUUUUGUGUAAUCUCUAGUGUUCUCUACAUAUAUAAUCACGUCUCUUAUAGCAGAGAUAAAUUUUGCUUCUUCCUUUCCAAUUUGGAUGCGUUAUUUAUUUUUCUUGCCUGAUUGGUCUGCCUAGAGCUCCCAAUACUGCGUUGAAUAGAAGUGGUAAAAACGGGCAUAUUUGGGGUCGCUCCCGGCGGCCCCUCCCACCUCCUAGUCCUGGCCUCCCCGGGCGCAGCGCACUCCCAGCCGGCCGCAGCCUGACACGCCGCGCGGCCCCCCAGUCUCCCGCGGCCGCUCCCCCAGGCAUGGCACAGGGCCUCGCCUCACUAUGGCAGCAGCACGGCACAGCACGCUCGACUUCAUGCUCGGCGCCAAAGCUGAUGGUGAGACCAUUCUAAAAGGCCUCCAGUCCAUUUUCCAGGAGCAGGGGAUGGCGGAGUCGGUGCACACCUGGCAGGACCAUGGCUAUUUAGCAACCUACACAAACAAGAACGGCAGCUUUGCCAAUUUGAGAAUUUACCCACAUGGAUUGGUGUUGCUGGACCUUCAGAGUUAUGAUGGUGAUGCGCAAGGCAAAGAAGAGAUCGACAGUAUUUUGAACAAAGUAGAGGAAAGAAUGAAAGAAUUGAGUCAGGACAGUACUGGGCGGGUGAAACGAUUACCACCCAUAGUGCGAGGAGGAGCCAUCGACAGAUAUUGGCCCACCGCCGAUGGGCGCCUGGUUGAAUAUGACAUAGAUGAAGUGGUAUAUGACGAAGAUUCACCUUAUCAAAAUAUAAAAAUUCUACACUCGAAGCAGUUUGGAAAUAUUCUCAUCCUUAGUGGGGAUGUUAAUUUGGCAGAGAGUGAUUUGGCAUAUACCCGGGCCAUCAUGGGCAGUGGCAAAGAAGAUUACACUGGCAAAGAUGUACUCAUUCUGGGAGGUGGAGACGGAGGCAUAUUGUGUGAAAUAGUCAAACUAAAACCAAAGAUGGUCACUAUGGUAGAGAUUGACCAAAUGGUGAUUGAUGGGUGUAAGAAAUACAUGCGAAAAACGUGUGGCGAUGUCUUAGACAAUCUUAAAGGAGACUGCUAUCAGGUUCUAAUAGAAGACUGUAUCCCGGUACUGAAGAGGUACGCCAAAGAAGGGAGAGAAUUUGAUUAUGUGAUUAAUGAUUUGACAGCUGUUCCAAUCUCCACGUCUCCAGAAGAAGAUUCCACAUGGGAGUUUCUCAGACUGAUUCUUGACCUCUCAAUGAAAGUGUUGAAACAGGAUGGGAAAUAUUUUACACAGGGGAACUGUGUCAAUCUGACAGAAGCACUGUCGCUCUAUGAAGAACAGCUGGGGCGCCUGUAUUGUCCUGUGGAAUUUUCAAAGGAGAUCGUCUGUGUCCCUUCAUACUUGGAAUUGUGGGUAUUUUACACUGUUUGGAAGAAAGCUAAACCCUGAAGAUCAGUAGCCCCUAAUCACAUGUGCUGCAAAUAGCCUUCCUGACCUCCAUAUGCUGUACAUGACAUCAAAAUGAGUCAGGCAAUUGAUUGUGAAUUCCUUAAAGUUUUCCUUUUUUUAAUAAUUAUUUUUAAUUUAAAAAAGCAAAUGGAAAAUGUGUAUUUUGAUGAGCGUAGGGUGUUUUUUUUUUUGAAAGUCAGCUGAAGGAUGGUUAGACAGCACAGCGAAGACUGCUAAAUGCACUGACGCCCCCCAUUAGAAUGUGAUUUUUGUUACUUUUUAUUUCUCUGUGGGCUUUUGUUUUUGUUUUUGUUUUGGUAGAUCUUCAAUUUGGAUAUUUAGAGGAGUGAACAUCGUUGUUUUGCUGGAGGGAAGAUCUUGAUGGUGUUUCUUUCCCCAAAAAUUGACUUAGAUAUUAAAAUUUGGUGCUUAUAAGAGAGAGUUAAAAAAAUAGGAUUGCUUCAAUUAAAAUUACAAAA